AUCAGCAAAAGAAGUAUGGGUAGAUAGGAGUGUGAAAAAGAAGCAUGGGUAGCAACUCUCAGGCGAUCCGCUAUCCAAUUGCAACAACCGGUGCCGAAAAUAUUGAUGCUCUUAAUAGAGUUCUUGCUGACCUAUGUACCAGAAGCAAUCCUAAGGAUGGGGCUUCAUUGACCUUGAGGCGGCUUGUAGAGGAAGAAGCUCGUGAUCUUAGUGGAGAAGCUUUUGCUUGUUUCAUGGAUCAUCUAUACGAACGCAUUACUACAUUUCUUGAUAGUAAUGAAGUUUCUGAAAAUCUGGGAGCAUUAAGGGCUAUUGAUGAGCUAAUAGAUGUCACCAUCAGCGAAAAUACAUCAAAAGUGGCAAAAUUCUCCAAUUACAUACGCGCUGCCUUUGAAACAAAGCGUGAUCCUGAAAUCUUGGUCCUUGCUAGUAAAGUUCUUGGUUACCUAGCUAGAUCUAGUGGUGCAAUGACUGCAGAUGAAGUAGAGCGUCAGGUGUAGCGUUUUGAUGCUUCA